GGAGGCCGCGAGGAGGGAGGGGAGGAGGGAGGGAGGGAACCGAGGAAGACGCUCCGAUAACCCGUGCGUUUCGUAAGGCUCGGAGCACUUGUACAUUUCUGCAGGCGCGUAGCGAGCCAUUCGCCGCGACUGCUGCAGCUCUGACUGCAUCUUCCUUCUCCUCCUUCCUCCAGCUCCGCGCGUGUGUAUGUGAGUGUGUGCGAGUGUGUUUUGCAGGUGUGUCCGUUUUAAUUCUGCCUAGGAGGUGGGACUUGGUGACUUUAGCACCAUCUUUUUUUCUUUUUUUAUUAUUAUUUUUGCCUUCCCACCGUCUGUUGUUACAACCCUGCAAAGUCUCGGAGUCGGAGAGCGCGCCUCGUUUCCAGAGCUUCUGGACCCCGCAAGCCGGCGAGCGCCGAGCCGGCCACCAUGCCCGGCAGACCGCGCCACUAGGCGCUCCCCGCGGCUCCCACCCGGUGGCGGCGGCGGCCGCGAUGGUUUCCGACGCUGAAGGAUUUUGCAUCUGAUCGUUCGGCGUUUCAAAGGCAGAGGCCCCCCUCCCCCUUCCCCCCUCCCUCGCUGUCUUUGUUUCCUUCCCCCCCUGCUCUCCCCACUCCCCCCACCCCACCCCCCUCUCCUCUCCUCCUCCUCCUCUUUUUUAGAAGCAGCGAUCGGAGAUGGAUGUCUCUCUUUGCCCAGCCAAGUGUAGUUUCUGGCGGAUUUUCUUGCUGGGAAGCGUCUGGCUGGACUAUGUGGGCUCCGUGCUGGCUUGCCCUGCAAAUUGUGUCUGCAGCAAGACUGAGAUCAAUUGCCGGCGGCCGGACGAUGGGAACCUCUUCCCUCUCCUGGAAGGGCAGGAUUCAGGGAACAGCAAUGGGAACGCCAGCAUCAACAUUACGGACAUCUCAAGGAAUAUCACUUCCAUACACAUAGAGAACUGGCGAGGCCUGCACACACUCAAUGCUGUGGACAUGGAGCUCUACACGGGACUCCAGAAGCUGACCAUCAAGAAUUCUGGACUCCGGAACAUCCAGCCCAGAGCCUUCGCCAAGAACCCCCACUUGCGUUAUAUAAACUUGUCAAGUAACCGGCUCACCACACUCUCCUGGCAGCUCUUCCAGACGCUGAGCCUUCGGGAAUUGGACAACAGUGGCUACCUGUUGGGAUUGCUGGGAGAAGCAGAGACCCAGGAAAAGUUGGGUCCCUUCCUAUCCCUUUUCUCUGAGAAAGCCUGAAGAAGCAGGAGAAGUCUUGGAUGUUCUCAGACUCAGGAUGAGAAGCUGUGUGGCUGUUUGUACAUUCCACCUGUGCUGUCCUAGUCAUCAGGAACAUGGUUCCUCUCUCUGAACCCCACUCCUUUCCUGCAAGCUGACAAAUGCUGAUGCUUGCCUAUCUAUUUUAGAACUCGCCAGUUGUCAAAAAUACCCAGUGCUUAAAAAAUACGCAGUGACCCAAGUGCCUUUCCUCCAGGUGCCAACAGAUCGAUCCCCUCAAUAGACCAGAGAGAGAAUCAUGUUCCCUUAAUGGCCCUGGCAUUCAGAUUCAGUCUGUGCUCUUUAAGGGUUCGGGGGAUUGAUUAGCACCGUUCAUCACUCCCCUAAUACCCCAGUAGAGGAAAGAUGUGACUUAUUCUAAAUUACAAGGAGAAUCUGUGGAGAACAAGAGCUUUGAACUUGACUCGUUCCCUAUCAGCCAUUCCUCUUCACUGGGGUGACUGCUCCCAGAGGACAAGGACUGCCCUAUUCAUUUCUAUUGAUAGCAUUCAACCACAGCCAGAUACCUAACAGGUGCUCAUUAAGGAGCCAUUGAAUUCAUGAAGGAAUAAAGCUGGUCCCACACGGGCUUGGAAUAUAUCUCAGAAAUAACUAACUACCUAUUCCCCCAGUGAACAUGUGUUUGGGGAUCGGUCUUAGGUGCUGUGGAUGCAGCGAGUUACAAAACAGGUUACAUCUCUGGCCUCAAUAGAGCUUUUUUUUUUUUUUUAAAAUCUGAGAAGGCAAAGAAACAAACCAAUAUGAAUAUUUAAGGUGUUAUGAAAUAGUAAUAAAUUCUAGAUAGGAGAAUGCAGCUAGCGAAGGGAUGAAAGUUAUCAGGACAGGAUUGUAGUGGCUUUGGUGAAGAUGAUGGCCAGAGAGUGCUCUACAGCUUCUUAAGGAAGUCAGGGGAACCCAUCUGACAGAUAAGUUGGGAAAGAGUUUGGCAGGCAAGCAAGACACCAAGGGCAAAAAUAUCCAAGGCAGGUUCAAACCAGUCACACGAGUGAACUAAUACGCAUCAAGGUCUGUGGCUGGAUAGGGACAGGGGCUCAGGGAGGAAGUGACCUCACAGGAUGAUGGAGAAGCAUCGGCUGAGUAUGGCUUUACUGAUGACAAGGCAGCAGAUGACAUUGUGGAAGGUGGUGGGGGAACCCAAGGUCCGUGGGGCCUUAAAUUCCAAUGCAUCUGAAAGCCAUAGGAAGGUUUUAAGGAGAUGAACAUCUCAGCUUGACACAUGCAAAAGACUCUCACUGCCCAGUGACUUAAGUGAGGAGACUGGAGCAGAACUUCUUCAACUGCAGCUGUGACAUCCGCUGGAUGCAGCUGUGGCAGGAACAGGGGGAGGCGCGGCUGGACAGCCAGAGCCUUUACUGCAUCAGUGCUGAUGGCUCCCAACUCCCCCUCUUCCGCAUGAACAUCAGUCAGUGUGAUCUCCCAGAGAUCAGUGUGAGCCACGUCAACCUGACUGUCCGAGAAGGAGACAAUGCCGUGAUCACUUGCAAUGGCUCUGGCUCUCCUUUGCCUGAUGUGGACUGGAUAGUCACUGGGCUGCAGUCCAUCAACACCCACCAGACCAAUCUGAACUGGACCAAUGUACAUGCCAUCAACUUGACCCUGGUGAACGUGACGAGCGAGGACAAUGGCUUCACCCUGACGUGCAUUGCAGAGAACGUGGUGGGCAUGAGCAAUGCCAGUGUUGCUCUCACUGUCUACUACCCUCCACGUGUGGUGAGCCUGGUGGAGCCUGAGGUACGCCUGGAACAUUGCAUUGAGUUUGUGGUGCGUGGCAACCCGACACCCACGCUCCACUGGCUGUACAAUGGACAGCCAUUGAGGGAGUCCAAGAUCAUUCACAUGGACUACUACCAGGAGGGGGAGGUCUCAGAGGGCUGCCUGCUCUUCAACAAGCCCACCCACUACAACAAUGGCAACUACACCCUCAUUGCUAAGAAUGCCCUGGGCACGGCCAACCAGACCAUCAACGGCCACUUCCUGAAGGAGCCCUUUCCAGAGAGCACAGAUUUCUUUGACUUUGAGUCUGAUGCGAGCCCUACACCUCCUAUCACUGUGACCCACAAACCAGAGGAAGACACUUUUGGGGUGUCCAUAGCAGUCGGACUUGCUGCCUUUGCCUGCGUCCUUCUGGUGGUUCUCUUUAUCAUGAUCAACAAGUAUGGUCGCCGGUCCAAAUUUGGAAUGAAGGGUCCUGUGGCUGUUAUCAGUGGAGAGGAGGACUCAGCCAGCCCACUGCAUCACAUCAACCAUGGCAUCACUACACCAUCAUCGUUGGAUGCUGGGCCUGACACAGUGGUCAUUGGCAUGACCCGCAUCCCAGUCAUUGAGAACCCCCAGUACUUCCGUCAGGGUCACAAUUGCCACAAGCCAGACACAUAUGUUCAGCACAUCAAGAGGAGAGACAUCGUGUUGAAGAGAGAAUUGGGUGAGGGAGCCUUUGGGAAGGUCUUCCUGGCUGAGUGCUACAAUCUAAGCCCCACCAAAGACAAGAUGCUAGUGGCAGUGAAGGCCCUGAAGGAUCCCACCUUGGCUGCCAGGAAGGAUUUCCAGAGGGAGGCUGAGCUGCUCACGAACCUGCAGCAUGAGCAUAUUGUCAAGUUCUAUGGGGUGUGUGGUGAUGGUGACCCACUCAUCAUGGUCUUUGAAUACAUGAAGCAUGGAGACCUUAACAAGUUCCUCAGGGCCCAUGGGCCAGAUGCCAUGAUCCUCGUGGAUGGACAGCCACGUCAGGCCAAGGGGGAGCUAGGGCUCUCUCAGAUGCUCCACAUCGCCAGUCAGAUAGCCUCGGGCAUGGUGUACCUGGCUUCCCAGCACUUUGUACACCGGGACCUGGCCACGAGGAACUGCCUGGUUGGAGCCAAUCUACUAGUGAAGAUUGGAGAUUUUGGCAUGUCCAGGGACGUCUACAGUACUGAUUACUACAGGGAAGGGCCAUGCCAGAAGGGCCCAUUCAACGUGUCGUGGCAGCAGCAGAGGCUAGCAGCGUCAGCAGCUUCCACAGUGGGAGGACACACCAUGCUCCCCAUCCGCUGGAUGCCCCCUGAAAGCAUAAUGUACCGGAAGUUCACCACAGAGAGUGAUGUCUGGAGCUUCGGGGUUAUUCUUUGGGAGAUCUUUACCUAUGGGAAGCAACCAUGGUUCCAGCUUUCCAACACGGAGGUCAUUGAAUGCAUCACCCAAGGCCGUGUCUUGGAGAGACCCAGAGUCUGCCCUAAAGAAGUGUAUGAUGUCAUGCUGGGGUGCUGGCAGAGGGAACCACAGCAGCGGCUGAAUAUUAAGGAGAUCUACAAAAUCCUCCAUGCUUUGGGGAAGGCCACCCCGAUCUACCUGGACAUUCUUGGCUAGUGGUGACUGGUGGCCAAGCAUUUAUACUCUGUUGCCUCCUCUCUCCCUGCUUCCUUUCCUCUUUUUCCUCAUCUCAACUCCUUUCUUCCAUUUUUGACGGAAACGAACAUCUUCAUAUAAACUCAAGUGCCUGCUACACAUACAACACUGAAUUUAAACAAAACAAAACAAAAGAAAACAAAAAAAACCAAACAAACAAAAAGAAAAAACAAAAGAAAGAAACCCUGUAAGGCAGUUUGACAUAUAUAUUUAUAUAUAUAUAUAACUAUCUAUCUAUCUAUAUCUACAGAGAAUUACCUUCUCUAAUACACAGAGAAGCUGCUGAUACAGAAAACAGUAAGACAUUAAUAACUGAGAAAAAAUUAAGUAUUAUUAUUAACACAAAUGAAAUUCCCUUGACUUAAGCUGUGGCCCGUGCUUUUUUCAGGUCUGGCUUUUCGGAGAUCUUAGUCUUGACCCAGCAGAGAGAGAGGCUGGGAAGAGGCGGGGUGGCGCACGAUCUUCAGUGCGCAAGCGUGACCCAUUGAAGGUGUCUGGCAAUGAAACAAUUCUGAAGUCCAAGCCCUUCGGAAUCAUCUCUGGUUUGCCUUUACCUUUGCCUCUACUCUUCCCCCUUUCCGCCUCUUUGGGACAAUUUUCUAAUUUGUCCAUUCUAUAAAGUAUAUAGUCCUGAUGCUUUUUGGAAAUCAAUGAUGACACCUACGGGUAAAUACUGAACAAAUACCAACACCAGACCACACAAAGCCAUCCAUGGUCGAGUAACCACCGAACAAGAAAGGGCAGAGGACUCCGGGGAGAGCAAACCCCACCUUUCCAGAUGUAAAUCUCGCUCACGAUCCUUACUAGGUUUGAAGAGUUUCAUCCUCUGAACUUGAAGAACUGGACUUGGUGGAUUAAAGAACCUAGAAAGUAAGUACAGCCGAAGUCUAAUCCUACCAAGGCACUGCCGCUCAUCUUCCCAUCUCUGGGAGGACUCUUGGCCUGUCCUUUCGUUUUCAGGCCCUUGGGGAGCUUGGAGGUUUAGUAUCCACCUUCUCUGCUGCCAUCCGCUAAUGUGGACACAGCAGGCUUCAGGGCUCUGAUAGCAAGAGACUUAGUUCCUCCCAGGUCCUAAUUAGGCAUCUCCCUUGGGUUGUAUUUCUUAUCUUGCUUCGCCCCUAUACUGAGGUUCUAUCAAAUCCUGGGUAAACCGCACUGACAGGGAAGAAAUCCAGGUGAGAACCCAAGGCACGUGCAUUUCAAGGAGCCAGGCACUGGCACUGGCAAAAGCCAGCAGAGAAGAAUCUACUUGGCACCUGUGCUGAGCCCUUGCCAUUCUCCUCACGUUUUCAGCCCUUGGAAGGAUUGAUGCAUCUGCCUUUGAGCUGUUGUGAAAAGGCAGAGACUGAGAAAUCGCUUUGUGGGCUGGGUGUCGGGGGAGGGGCUGCGGCUUCUCUGGAAGAUGUCCAACGAGUGGCCUGUGCCGCAGGCUUGGCAUCUUAAUGAGGACCAAGCUCUGACCCGGAAUGAGAGAGAAUGAAGCGUCUCGACUGGGACCAGUCCCCUGGGUCCCAGCGCCAGGGGAAUCACUGCCUUCCCCACUGUGCACUGGAGGACUGCAAAAGUGAAGCUCUCACACACAACAAUGAACCGCUCCAGGGAGCCAAGAGCUUGGCUGCACAGACAGGUCUUGCUGGGGAAAGAGGGUUGUGCUCUCCCUAGGGUACCUGUCUCUCCACCUCAUCCCAAGCACAGAGCUACCUAACAGACUGACUGUUUUCUAUCAGAAGCUCCCAGGAGCUGCUGACUAACCCCUCUCCUUGCCAGCUGCAGGAAGUCUACAGCCUGGACACCCUGACCAGUGAAGGCAGCUGAAGUUUGAGCAACUCUGUGGCCUGUUUAGAACUGGAUUAUGUGGUUGUGGAUUUACUUUAUUUUUUUAAAGACCAACACAUGUUUUUAUUCAAUAGAAAAGAGCUGUGCUCCGAUUGUAGCCAUGGUUGGGAUUCAGGGAUCAGCAGGCUGCUCAGCUGGACUGGGGAGGGUGCUGGGCUAACUGGGAUUUCAGAGUGGAACUUCUUACUGUACUAGAUAUCUGGCCCCUGAGUAGGGGAAAGCUCUUUGGAUUGGUCCCUUCUUCAAAAGCACCCUUUGCUAUCCUAUGGUAAUUACUCCUCUUAUUACUUCUUGAAUUGGUCCACCACCUGAGGCUUUCAGCCUCUACUAGAGAGGUGUCUGCUGGGUGGAAGUUUCCAUUCAGGUUUUAAUCUGAAAAGCUGGAUAACUAGAGGGGAAGCAUUCAGGCAGGGGCCUAGAGGGGCCUGUGGGGAAUCUGUUGUCCAGUUAAAAGUGAUGUUCCAAGAUCUAACCUUUCCCAAAACAGUCUCUUAAGGCUUUCUGGUUUCGAAAGAAGUGGAUAACUGAAGGCAUUUAUAGCCCUAGUGGGACAGUUAGGAGAAAAGACAAGACUGAACUUGCUCAGGUGUCCUUUGUUAGUUCCAUGAACAUCCGCAUUGGCAUCAGGGUUACCUUCUCUCUGUGUCCUCCAUUAUUAGCUGCCUGAGUAAUAGAAGGAGAGAGAGGGCAGUGGAGAUAGGAGGAGUGCAGAAUGGGCCCAACCUUCUUACUCUCCUGGCAUCCUCUCUGUGUAGAGUGGACUUUAUAUGUGAACCUUGGAAGGUGGAGAGAAAGGGUCUGAGGUGCUUUGGAGGGUAAGGAAUGGAGAACAGGCUUUGGAUAGUGAAGUGUAUUCUAGUGCUCAGGGGUGUGCAGGGUGUCUCACUCCUUGCCACUCUCUUCACUGUGUCCUGUUUUCCUUAUGUGUCCUCAUUCUAUUCUAGAUCUGAGUUCUCAGCUUCUAUCAGCAUGGGGUCACCCUAUCACUUGUUUUCUGAGGAUCACUCUGGAAUACCUAGGAAAGCCUCCUUUGGCCUCACGUGGGUUGAAAGCAGUGGUCUGUGAGGACAUACUGUACUUAGGGUGGGAUUGGUUACAGUGCAUUGAUCCUCUUCUUCACAUUUGUCACAACAUGUGAAAGGUCUAAAGUGUCUCAGACUAUUUUAGGCCAGGGUGGGGGAGCAUUUUGUCUCAUUUUCUACCCCAGCUUUCUCCUAGACUGGAAAAUUGUUAUCAGUAGUUUAUUUAUGUAUUUAUUUAUUUAUUUAUUUUUUAAAGAAUCUAAUAUGCUCCGGUGAGUCAAGAAUUAACAUCCCAUCAGCCCAUGGAGCCUCUGCCAACUGUUCCAUCCUCCUUUCUACAUAAACACAUCGACACCUUCCAAAAGCAUGCUACAUUAACUUGGUACUUAGCUUAAAGUCAACCCUAUUACGAAUGCUCAUGAAUUUUCCAGACACCCCAUGCUUAACUCUGUGCCCUGUUACUGUCACCUGGACCCACCCUGAAGUGACAAAGAGUGACUUGAAUGUCCACUAUAUAACAGGGUGUCAUGGACAAGGAUCCUCUUAGUUAUUUGCUUUGAAUGUGAACUUGAUGGUCCUUUCUGAUACAUCUCUGAAGUGUGAGUGGUUGUCUGGGUAACUAAGCCUUCUCUAGUCAACACACAAAGGAUUUUGGGCUUCCUCCACUCAGCAGAUCAUGCACAAGUUAUUCUCAGAGAAAACUUUUCCUUGGAGAUGAAGAUCCUCCAUUUUUCUGGGUUUUAACUGAACUGUGCUGUUCAUCUCUGGUGACACACUAGUGCAGUACUUCUGGUGCUAAAUACUACAGAAGCCAAUCCUCACAGAAGAGUUUCAAUACAGAAGCGAGAGUGAACCAACUGUACUGGAAGAACACAGCAUACAUCAGAAAGGCCACUGAGAAACCCUGCCUUAGUGCUUGGAUACUCAUGGGAUUUGGGCUAAAUCAGCAUCUCUUAGAUUAUCAGUUUUCCCACACAAGAUAUAUGACAUUAGAAUAGUUGCAUCCUUAGGGUCCAUUUCCAUUUGAAAGGCUAAAUUUGAGUCCCAUCUACUUCUUUAUUCUAAGCUUGUUUGCUAGAAAUGAGAGAUGAAGUGAAAAAUAGGGAGGGAAAGGAAGAAAGGUUACUGUUGACAAAACCUAAGCAUAAUUAGUGCCUGGUAUGUGUGAGGGACACUAGAUCCAAGCACGCAAGUCAAGACAUUAACAUUUGUAUUCUUCAAGAGAAACCAUCCUUCUCUUCUAGUCAUCUUCCCCACUUCACAUGUCCACAUUGGCAGAAGCUGGUCUGCCAUAUGGAGAUAGUCCCGCCCACCUCCCAUGCAGGGUCAGUAGUAAUCUGAACCCUGGGUCAGAAACCAAGAGAUUUUGUUGAUGUACUUGCUUUUCCUGAGCUCGUUUACAUUCAAGAAUAGUCUCAUGGCAUAUCUGCUUCCCUUUUCUGAACCAAACAACAACAGUAUCAUCUCUACACUCACCCGAGACUUUUAAUCUUUGCAAUACUUUGCUUAGUAGGGAGCAUAAAAUAUUUGUGGAUGAUCAGUCAAUGGACUCACAUUUCAACAGUCCUGCUAGUUACCAUCAAGCAUCUCUGUCGUGUCUAGUGUCUGCAUUGGAUGGGCAGCAGCUUGCUAAAAUAUACAAGGUGUUUACCUUAGAGCAAAAAAUGUCAGCUUGAGCUCAGAUCUUGUGGCAUGUAGUCCUUCACUAUGAUUUUAUUUUUUUUUCAAGAUUCACCUUACUUUGUACCAAAUAAAUUGUUUCAACCAAUACUUAAUAGGGCUGGAAGGGUUAACUUCAAGCUUGGGCAUCAUUCUUAAAACACCAGUUUGGACUUCAGAACCUAUUUUGGGAUUGCUUGAACCACAAGGAAAACUUCCCUUUCAGCUCUAGCCAUAUCAUGUACUCUUUCUAUCCAUUGGAUGGUCAUAGUUCAAGAGAAGUCCCCCUGGAAUCAGCAAAUCAGUUUCAGUUUGGGAUUCUCUUGGCACCUUAUGUUUCUCCUGGAUGAGAACUGUAGAGGUGGACUGGCCUCAGAACUAUUGAGAAAGAUCCCAAACUGUUAUCUUAUAAAGCUUGAUGAUCUGCUUUUCCCUACAUUAAACUAUAUUGACAGUAGCAUCUGAGUUUCUCAACAUCACCAUUCCUGGUAUUUGAUAACACACCACGCAGAAACCCAUUCUACUUACAUUUUUGUUUGGGACUUGGUAUUGAAGGUACAAGCACUUCAGAUGAAAUCUCUCCUAGGAGGGCCAUAGCAGAGAGAAUCUGAGAGGAUAUUAAUUGACCACUCUUUCUGAUAGGUACUGGUGAUGAUGGUGGAGGUGGUGACUUUUUGUGUGAACAGACUGGGUAUUAGGCAUCUUACUCUGCACCAGGCUAUCCGACCCAGGGCCCUGUGUCUUGGUUUCUGACAAGGUUUCUGUUUGGUACAUUCUCUUUAAGCACAUGAGUGUGUGUGUGUGUGUGUGUGUGUGUGUGUGUGUGUGUGUGUGUGUGUGUGUUUAUGUGUGCAUGCACAACAAGUUUGUCAUGUACAAACAGAGGCACCUUUCUGUGGAGAUAUAGGCUCUGCCCAAAAGAACUUGGAAUAUAUUUUCUCUUGUUUUCUUUCUUGUUAGCAGUAUUAAAUUGUUAUUAUCAUGGGCUUUAUUAUGAUAUUUAAAAAUAUGUGAGUACUUGGAAUUCAUCUCCAAAGUCAUAAAAUUCACAUUGCCCUUCCUGUGGGCAGCUAGGUUCCAACUUUAAAACAAGGCCUGAUUUGAUAUUUGCCCUAAGAAUGAUGUCUUAAACCAGUAAAAUCAGUAAUCAGUUUUCUUUUUCUUUUUUUUUUUUAAGGUAAAAGACUAAAUUCUAUUAACUUUGUCCCCUAUCCAUCCAGGAAUAUAUUGGAGCAUCAAGGUCUAAGCUCAGAGCUCUCAAGAGAUUUAUAGUCCAUAAAGUAGAUGUUUCUAAUAGAAGGUGGAUUGAGCUAAUACAGAAGACAAGGGUCCUGCUGAGCUCUUCCUCCUGAGGAGCUUGCAGGCAUUUAGGCAUUGCUUUCAUUUAGUAUCUCUGAGAUGAUUCAGUCUCUUCUCAUUUAAGGCUGUCAGGAAUUUCGACUUCUUGUCGGCAGGGAUGAAGGUAGCCUGAGAGCCCAGCUACGCUCACUCUGUGUAGUCUAGCAUCCUUUGGAUGCAGCACUUCUCAAAGGACUGUAAAAAUCACAUGCUCAACUCCAAGUCUGGUAUUUAUGAUUUCAUUUAAGAAGCAUUCAUGGGAGUGAUACUUUAAAAAGAAAGUUUAUAUUCUGUGAAGUAGCAUGGCCUACUCAGUUCCUCCCAGUGGGGAUUAGUCCCUCAUCCGUGUCUGUUUCAGAGUUGCCUGACACCUGCCUGCUGCCCUUGAAUCUAUUCCUGGAGAGGAAGAGUCAGCCUGGUCCAAAUAGCAUGACUUCUGCUGCCCGAAGGAGAGGAGUAUAUUUCAGGAAAGAUUUUCUUCUCUGUGAUUUUUCACUUUCCCCUUUCCCUUGGUUCACAUUCUAUGACUUCCAUGGGACAGAAGAGCUGGCUUCUUAAAGUCUGUGGAAGUCUUAAUACAAGGUGAAUCCCAGGACCACAAACAGUUUGGACUUCAAACAGUGAGAAAAUUGGCACUGAAUGAUUCGGCACACAAAGCAGAAAACUUUCAUUUCCUGCAGGCAGGAGGAAUUGACUGUUAUAUUAAGACUUCUAAAGGAUCCCUGCCCUGGAGUAAUUUCAGUGCUGUCAGACAAUGUUGACAUCUAGAUUAACCUCUGUGCACUAAAUUUGACUGCACAGCUCAUUGAGAUGCAUGUGGCGUGUCCCUGUAAAUCCCAUCUGAAACCCUUGGUGGCCCACCCGAAACAACUCCCUCUCCUGUCUCCACCUACUGAUCUCACGGUCCAUGAACUUUUAGCCUACUGGAGCAAAGGCACUGUGACUGGGGUCCAACACCCAGAAUGGGAGCUUUGACCUUCCUGUGAGCAUGAGAGAGUCUUGAGCCAAAUCUGCUGCUCGGUCAGAGUGACAAUGUUUAUCACUGUAUUGACACCCUGCCCCCAAGGAGGAGACUGCAAAUCAAAGCAUGAAAGCCACUCCACUGAGGACAAACUGUUUUACAGCAGAUGUCAAAGUGAAAUGGUCUUCAAAGGAGCUAAGACUCAGCGUAGGUUCAUCUGUAUACCUCCAGUCUUCCAGGGUUUCAAGAGUACAGCAGAUGCAGCAAGGUCAUGACUGUAGAUAAGGUGGGUGGGGUCUGAUGGCUAAAAGAGCUGCUCCUCUAUACACGUGUUUUCUCUAGUCCUUCCAAGAAAGGUAACCCUGACAUCUACUUCCCUGGCUGGGAUAAAGGAUACAGCAACUCUCUAAUGCUUUGGCCCUUUAAUACAGUUCCUCAUGUUGUGGCAUAAAAUUAUUUCAUUGCUACUUCAUAACUCAUUUUGCCACCAUUACCAAUCAUACUAGAAACAUGCAGGAUGGUCUUAGGUGACCCCUGUCAAAAGGUUAUUCAACCCCCAGGGGAGUUGCAGCCCACAGGUUGAGAACAGCUGCUCUAAGCACUAGUUCAUGGACGUUCUUUGUAGGAUGAGAUGCCAUACUGAGAUCGCAUAGGCAGAUGAAAUCUCUUAGUCAAGAUGGCAAGCAUCAAAAAAAAAAGUACAUACGUGCAUCUCAUGCAUCAAAAGAGACCCCCAGCUUGGCUCCAGCUACCCCCACACUCUUAAAAGCUACUCAAUAUAAUCCCAGAUAUUAAAAAAAAAAACCUCAGGAUUUUUGAAUGAUCUGCCCAAGUCUGAAGAACAAAUUCCCUUGCAUAGUUCUCGAAACUGAUUCUCUUUCAAAUUAUUUUUCCAUCUUUGCUUGUUUGGUGUAAGUGGUAGGAAUCUCUUUGUAUAUUCUUAGAUAUUUCUUUAAGAGAAUUGAAAGUUUUUAGCCAAGGACAUUGUGUUUAUUGACUGAGAAAAUAGAUUUCUGGGCUGAGUAUUACAGCAGUUACACAGGGGCAAUUUUGAUGACUUUAUUUAAAAGCAAUUAUCAGAGUUGCAUUCUUUCUAGAUCCUCAUGCUGAUAUAGAACAAAUCAUAUUUGCCCUUUUGUUAUUUAUUAUGUUUAUUUACUUUUGCAUAUAAGUAAGCACAUAUGUGUAUGCCAAUUCCUGGGUAAUUCUAUUGCCUACAGACUACAGUGCCCCAUUUGUAGAGCUUUCAUGGGUCUAAGUGUGUCUGUGCAAAUGAGUGCCCCACACAUUUGGUUUCCUCACUGUUCCUCAUUAUUUGUAUUAGGAGCACAGAGCCUAUGACUUUCUGCACUGUAAGUUAUUUACAAAGUUGAGGAUCCUUUGAUGGAGGAAAAAAAACCCACGUUUCUCACAAUUUUUAUAUAUAAAGGCAGGACUCUUCCCCAUUGGUUUUCAAAGUACAAAACCAGACUAAGUCCUGAUUCUCUUUUUCUGUAAUUAAGGGGAAAGGGGUAGCAGAUUCAUCAUAAAUAUUUGUUUGAAGAUAAAUGUGAACUAGUGUGAGGAGAUUUUUGACCCAACCAUGGAUAUAUAAUUCCAGUGUUCUGAUUGAACAUGAAGUCCUUGGGACACAAGACUCUAGCUGGAUUAGAAACUAGGAGGUUGGGAUAUAGGGAACUUGGCUGGAUAAAAGAAAGUCAUCAGCACUUAACUGAGAGUAGGCAAACAAGUUGUAGGUUGUGCUCUUUAUCAAACAGCAGUGAUGGGAAAGGCCACUCAGUUUUAAUCCAUUGCUCAGAUUAGUUACCAAGAAAGUAUAUCAUAUCAAGUACUGCCUGAGUGCACAUUUGCAGAAUUCCUACUCCAAAGGGCCAGGGUUGUUACAAUAUGUUCAGUUUUUCACUUCCAGCUCUCUCUGACAAAUCCUUUCUGCCCCCAGCUCUCUAUCCUACCUCUUCUAGGCCAGGCUCUAUUCUCUAAAAAGCAUAGGAAAGUCUGAGUGGCUCCUCUUUUUAGCCUGAGCCUGUUGUGGUUUAGUCUGGGUUUCUGCAGAAAGAAACAAAACAAACUGCUCUCCCAGCUGCCCAUCAGUCUCUUUCCAUCUCCUUAGACCAAAUGAUUAGCACCUCAUUAGCGCCCCAUCAGUUUGUUUUUGCACAGGAGACUCUGGUACAACAGGCCUAUUAUAAGGCCCCCAGCCUGUCCUUUUGAAGUUGUCUCAUCCUUUUGACUUGGUUAUGAAAGGCAAGCCUUCCUUUAAAUGUGUUUUCUUUCACAUUUCUUUCUGGUUUCCUAGCUUCUGAAUAUCCCGGAAAAUGAUAAAGUACAGUUUUGCCUUUUGUUUUUGUUUUUUGUUUUUUUUUUUCUAGUCUACUCUGAACAGGGGCAUGUCUUUUCAUGUGGACCAAGAGCUCUCUGUGUUAUCCAAGGUUUACCCACUCUUGGGACAGUUAAAAGAGUAAAUCAGAGUUGGUAGAAGUGGUCUUUACUUCAAUGGUACUAGAAAGGUUUGCAUCUUAAGACUUAUUGAACAUGCUAUGGAAUGGUGAUGGAGAAGGCAGUUAACUUUAAGAGCCAGGAGGUCAAACCUCCUUUUCUACAAAUCAUUUCAUAGCAACAGCAAUUUGAUUCUGCCAGCAAUGGUACUUACAGACCCAAAUAGUCACAUCCACUAGUCAAAUUAAACUACCUCACACAUCCACUUAUUAAAAAAAAACAAAAACAAAAGCAAAAUCAAACAAAUGAAUAAUCUCUUUCUUCCAGAGGAUGGAGACAAGCUCAGAAACUAGGAGCACUGGCUUCAGUUCCAGAUGACCUGGGUGUGAUUCCCAGGACUCACAAAGAAGAUCACUGCCAUCUGUAAAUCUAGUUCCAGGAGAUCUGACAACUUCUUCUGAUCUCCACAGCCAUCAGGCGUGGAAGAGGCAAACAUACAGGCAAACCUGUCACACACAUUAAAAACUGUCAUUUCUCCCUUGUAUCUCUAGAGAGUACAAAAGUGGUUUGGGGGAGGGGACAGGGGUUUGCUUCGUUUCCCAAAGGGCUGUUUGUUUGUUUGUUUGCAUUUCCUUAGGAACGAGUUGAUGGACUACUUUAAUGGCUAUCAGUGGGGACAUGGCAAGACAGAUGGAAACUGAGGGAGCAAAGGCACUAGAAGGUAGCCAUCUUGUGAGCUUUUAUUUCUUUCUGAUCAGCCUCUUUCUCUGUAAAUGCUCUGCUAAAGAGUCUCAGGAGAUGAUCAUGAGUGAUAGAGUCAGGCCUUGGUGGUGUCCCCAAGUCUCUAUGGUAGGAAAAGCCCACUCCUUGGGCAGAGAGUGCUGCUCCUGGUAUUGGGAAUUUUGAGUUGUGUUGUGUUUGAGGGAAACUUUCCUUUUUCCUUCCCAUGUCUGCUGUCUGCUCUCUAGAGUUAGUCAUUAACAUUUUCCUACUUUAAAUAACCAUUGUAUAUACUGUAAUGGAAAAAUAUCUUGUAUUUGUACCAGAAGAAAGGGAUAUUUUUCCCACUUAGAAGGGAUGAUUGCUAUAUUUCAUUUUCUGGCAUGGAAUGCUGAACAUCUUGAAGCCAAAUAGCAUCUCUUCCGCUUCAACUCUUUACCACUAAUUGCUGCUUCAAAGAUGGUUUGUAGAUUUUAGAAUAAUACCUGGUAAAGUAAGACUGCAUGAUGCUUCCUCCUUAAACUGAGUGUUAAGACAAUCUUGCAGGGAGCAUGGAAGUGCUAAUGAUCUUGAAGCUUUCUAGGGACUGUGGUCCACACAAGGAGAAGACAGGGAUAGUCAAAAUAUAGAGAAAACUAUCCUUGUGAUGACCAAAUGUCAGACCUCAUUUUCAAUGACCCCAGAGCACAACAGAGUUGGUUACAGAGGGACUCUUGCUGAGGAACAUGUCUGGCUGAGAAUGAAACCCUAGACAAUAAAUCUGGAGGCAAGAUUGCCAAGGUUACAGCAGUGAAGUCAUUUACAGUCCCUAAAAAUGUCCCAGGUGUUUGUGAUGCCAAGUACUGUUUUAAGUUCUUUACUAUGAAAGCUACUUGGAAAGUGAAAUCUUUCAAAUGUUAUUUCCCUUCAAUUUCCAAGUAGCCAUCCGGUGUGAUAUGUCUGACAAAAUGUUGUCUGUAUGCUGUAACAGGAUUUUGACCACUCUUGAGAGAAAGCAGAAUAAAGCCGAGCACUGAGAAUCCUGAGAAACUCAUAAAUGUUUCAGUCAAGUUCAGAAGAUCACAGCUUCUUUUUUCUUUUGACCUUGGGCUCAGUGUUUGUUUUUCUGAUACAAUAAAACAGCACCCGUGUUCGAGACCUCAAUCUGAGCAACUUUUCCCCUGCCGUUGUCUGCCAGGAAGAAAGCAACCCAGCUUCUUUGCGUUGAGAAUCCAAAUUGGGAUAUGCUUGUAAAUUGUGGUGUGAAAUUGCAGAAGGCAAACGAGUUCAGGGUGAUGUUUCCUAAUUCUCUCUGAUAAUCUUGCGGACAUGAGCUCUUCCAACCAUUGCUAAGGCAUGCUUGGAACAAGUAGUUUCAUGGUGUUCCUUCCUAUGGACAUGACUGAUAAAUUAAGGAUCACAGAGGUAUCAUUUGGGAAGUAAAUUUCAGACUAUGGAAAGUUUGAGCUGACAUACUAACAGGAACAGUAAGAACUAACUUUAAAACUUGUUUUCAUCCCCUUCUCUGAAUGUUUAGCCUUUUUUUGGGAGGGGGCAUUGGAAUAUUUCCUUUGCAAGGCUUGCAAAGAUUGAUUAUAGUUCAUGUCUAUAGUUCAUGUGCUAUUUUGACAGGAGACAGCCCUGUACUAUUCAGCAAAGAAAUGCAAAAUACAUUCUAUUUUCAAGAUGAGUUUUAUUUUGUGGUGUGUGUGUGUAUGUGUGUGUGUGUGUGUGUGUGUGUGUGUGUGUGUGUGUGUGUGUGCUUGUGUGUGUUGGAAAGCUGUUGUUUAUGCAUUUGGAUUUUUAUUCAAGCACAGUAAAAGCUCUGCUUAGUUUCUUAGGAUGUGACAAUAAAUUAGGGCUAGAAAGGAAUAAAGGCCCAUGUUUCAGAACAAGGUUAAACAGUCCCCAAAUAUUUCCUUCUAAAAUUUUCAGUCCUAGCAGAUCAAAUCAACCUCAUAUUUAUUAUUGAUACCAGUACAAAAAAAGUUUGCACAGCAUCUGCAGACCCUAACAUUCUACAUGUCUGUGGUCCUUCUUUCUGAAGGAAUGGAAUCUUUAAUUCAUGCCAGGAACUUUGCCAACAGGGCUGAAUAAUGAGGCAGCUUAGACAGUUUAGAGCAACCUACCCCAUGUAGAUUUUGGCAAGGCCUUAAUUCUUUCUCACGGGUAUUAAGGUUGCUUCAGAGCUAUUUUUUGCUUUAAAUGAUAUUUAAAGAAGAGAAUUUUGGAAUACAGUUUGAGACAUUUCAGCUAAUGUCAGCCUCUGUAAAAGACGAUUUAGUUUCACAGGUAGCUUUUGGUUUUGCCCAUCCCAGAAGUGUAAAUUCUACUUUGACUAAGCUAUAUGUUUUCAGCACCAGGAACAGCGAUCACUUCCCUCAUCUGGGGUCUACUCUCAAAAUUAGAUUUCCAGACAGGGAAGAACAGACUUUCCCAUCAUUUCCUAUCCACAGAGCCUCAACUUGGAAAGGUUUACUCUUAAAUUUAGGUGCUUGUAUAUUUAAUUUUUUCACAAUUUAAGAGUUACCCGCUCUAGUUGGUGAUGUGAAACUUGGAGAGUGGAGCCAACAUUAUUCAGAGCAUCAGACAACUUGUGUUAAGUAAUGUCAUGAGCAAAUUUCACACGAGUUUAGGCUGUAUACAGUCAUAAGGACAACCCAUGUUUAGAAACAUCUUUGAAUAACAGAAUUAAGCACCAAUGUAUAAUCUGAAGCAAACCUACUCUUAUUUAUUACACCCAGGAGGGGAAACAACCCAUAUGGAGAAACAGAGGCCACAAGACUUUUAACUUAUUUUUCUUUGAGUUAUUUCACAAAACGUCAAUUCAUGAACCAUGUUUCGACAUCCAGAAAUAGCUUUUAUUCUCUCCCAAGCCUGGUGAGGCUGUUUCUGCUAUGUUUUUGACCCGCUUAAAAAAUAUAGACUGCCACAGUCAGAUUUCUCAGCACAGAGAUGGUAAAGACACUGAGAUAUUAUUGAUGGGAAUGCUUUGGGACAGGAAUCUCUUUUCUAUUAGGCACCCUUGAUUUUCAUACUCCUUUAAGGAAUACUGCUCAUUGACAAUCACUUUUUAAAAAUAUGCAUAGUGUUCACAAUCUAUAAGGCAAUGGAUGAUUGGUUGCAGGCAGAGGCAGUAAAUUACAGUGGUAGAGAUGAAGUUAUGAGCUUUGAGGACAAAUAAAGGCCUAAUAAUGCUGUCACUAGACAUGUUGGAAACUCAUAGAAGAAUACUACUUUGAAUCUUGGCAUCCAGUUUUUAACCUUGAGUGCUGUUCAACAGCUGUCUUUGCCUUAAACAAUCAUGGUAAGAUUGGAAAUAGAUCCUCUUGGCUUUCUCCAGACCAGUCCAAAAUGGACACUGGGGAAAUGAGAGCAACAGAAGCACAUGUCACUAUGCUUUGUGAUCGUCCAGUUUUCCUAUAGCACAAAAAUUCAUAGGUAUCACCUAAGAGGCAGUGCAAUCUUCUCUCAUUUACUUGGAAGCUUCUUUGGGGCCCUCUCAAAGAUGGUAACCGAAUAGCAGCUGUUUCCUCCUCAUUCUGUUCAUCAUCAUCCUCAUCCUUCUCCUCUUCUUCCUCCUCCUCCUCCUCCUCCUCCUCCUCCUCUUCCUCCUCCUCCUCCUCCUCCUCCUCCUCCUCCUCCUCCUCCUCCUCCUCCUUCUUCUUCUUCUUCUUCUUCUUCUUCUUCUUCUUCUUCUUCUUCUUCCUCGUCUUCUUCUUCUUCUUCGUCUUCUUCUUCGUCUUCUUCUCCUUCUCCUUCUCCUUCUCCUUCUCCUUCUCCUUCUCCUUCUCCUUCUCCUUCUCCUUCUCCUUCUCCUUCUCCUUCUCCUUCUCCUUCUCCUUCUCCUUCUCCUUCUCCUUCUCCUUCUUCUUCUUCUUCUUCUUCUUCUUCUUCUUCUUCUUCUUCUUCUUCUUAGAUGUUACAAAAUUCAAUUUUGGGUGCCUCUGAAUUAUCUGAGUCCUGAUUAAUCUAUCAUUCUUUCUAUCCCCCUUUUUUCUCUGUCCCUUACACACCCUUCUUUCCCCCGCAUUAUUACUUAUAACAAUCCAUAGCAUUAAUGAUGAGAGACCAUAUAGCAUUCCUUUCAAGGAUAGAGAAAUAUCAGAGGCAGGCUGGAGUUAGGUUUCAGAGGAACAUGUUCAACAGAGCUCGUCUUGGGAUGGGUCUGAGGAGAAACACAUUGCUCUCCUUUCCUUGCCUUCUUAAACAGCUUCACCUAUGCUUAUGCUUCUCACACACAAAGGACCAUAGCAUGCAUUUAUCUGGGUGGCUUUCGUGAACAGAUAGUGGGCAUGUCAAAUAUCCUCAACUAGGUUCGGUUAAUACCGGAGAACUUCGUUUUCAUAGCAUAGAAAAGGUAUGUACAGAAAAGAUUAUGAGCUGCAGGAGAGCCUCAUAAGAGAAUAUUUUCUUCAAUACAAUCAUAAAAGCUACAAAUUUAUCAUUCACGGAACACAUGACUCUCUGGCAAGCAGAAAGGUGGUCUGAAAUGAGACAGAGAGUAGGCACCUGUGAUGCCCAAGGAUGAACAGACCAGAACUAAACCCCAGCAAGAUUCUUAUACUUUUUCUGGAAAAAAAAACCCUUAAAUGUCAAGGGCACAUUUAGCUUUGCCUCUUUAGAGGUAAAGCUCAGUGCUACUUCUGGGUUCUUAAGGCAAGUGCCCUGUAAACACCAAAGUCUUGUAUUUUCUACUCUCAGCCAGCAUUGGCUGUCCCGAGUAGGAUGUUUUUCCCUUCCUUAAGUGAAAGGGUCUUGUUUCAGGAGAAGUGUCCUUUAAACAUCCAGCUAAAACUGGAGGUAAUUUUUUGCAUGAAUGGCUUUUUACAGCUAGGUCUAAAGCAGAACAAAACUUGUAUCAAACUAAGUGCUACUUUACAUAUCUUAUUUCAAGGGAAAUGAAGGAUUUAUUGCCGUGUAAAUGAUAUACACUGAUUUCUUUCCUACUGGACAUUACAUGUCCCUUUAUCUUCAGGCUGAUGUUGUGCAGCAAACUUUCAACAUCUGGAAAAUCAGCUGGUACCUACUUCAGAGCACUAGCAGGACAUUUUAUUCCCAGAGAGGAAUUUUGCAAAUGAAGUUUGGGUGCUGAUGCAACUGAUUUCCAUCCCCUAUCCCUAAGCUUUCUGUACUAAAUAUCUGUAAAAUGAUUAUAUCUUGUCUGACCCUGUGUGUUUGUGUAUAUUCCCCAAUGUUUGUAUAACUAUAGUGGCAAUCUGAAGGGUUAUUUUUAUUUAUGGCAACUGCUGAACAAUGAUGAAUGUGGCAUAGUGGUACACAUGUGAUAUAUGUACACAGCAGUAUUGGGGCCAAGCAAAUGUACUCACUGAGUUUGGGGUGAGCAUCAGUACGGCUUGGCUUGUGGGAUAUUCCAUGAUGGGUAGAGUAUUUCCAAAUUACUCUUAACUGCUAAAGAACUUGAAGAAACUGAGCUGGAAAAUGCUCAUCCAGAUCUUAGGUUAUUUAUAUAAGUCCCAACUGACAAAUAUUCCAUCUUUAUUUUAACAAAACUAUUCUUUCAUGAUGCUCAUUGUUUUAUUCUACAGGCUACGUGGAAGUGCUGAUCAUGCUUGCUUCCAAUGAUUGGAUUCCCAAGCUGAUAAUAUAACAGACUGUGGUGUUACAUACACUAGGAUUAACUUGUAGUACCCCUUUUUGGAGAAGUUAUUCUUUUCAUUAUUUUCCUUUCUCAUAGAUUAAUUCCACUGUCUAUGCUAACUUUAUUUAGAUAUGUGCAAGUACUGAAGAAUCAAUCUAUUUAAAAUGAUGGCUGUGUUUGCCUUUGGAGAACAGGUUCAUAGUCUUAUGUAAAAUUCUUCCAGGAGCUUAUCUUUUAUGAAACAGAACAAAAUCAAACUAGAACAGAACCAAGGGUGACUUGAUAAAAUGGCAAGAUAGCCCCAGGGUAGAAAGAGGUGUUCUCAGUUGACAUGAAGAGUUGUACUGGAAAGACAAGUACCCACCCUUCUUCUCUUCCCACCUGCCUCCCUUCCUCCCCAACCACAGAAGAAAACAGAAACUUAUUUUUUUAAAACUGUAUUAAUAAUUUAUGUUUAAUACAAAAGGAUGAUUUAAUGGUAUCACCAAAGGUCAUUUCUCUCAUUGUGCAUGUCCUUCACUCUCGACCCCAAAUAUUCAUCCCAUUCUUCACCCUCACUUCCAUUCCAAUGCAAAUGUGUGUCUUCAUCAAACUCUAUGGGUGUUGGAGUUACAUGUGGGGGUAGAGAUUUAAUACCUUGACACUAACAAAAACCAACCAUCCUUCACUUCCAAGUGACAGUUAUUACAAGAAGGAAAACUCUUUUCCUGGUUUUUGUUUAAAAUCAUUUUAUACAUAUAUAUGUAUAUAUGUGUGUGUAUGUAUGGACAUAUGUAUGUAUAUGCACAUGUACAUGUAUAUAUGUAUAUAUCCAUCUCAAUAUAAAUAUAUGUGAGAGCUGUAAAUACUCCUUGGUCAUGCAUCUGUCUUCUUCAUAGUAUCAUAUCUUCAAUGUUAUGUUAACGACUCCAUUUAUUGAUGAUGAGAUCAUGUGUAGACCUGUAUCCUCCUGACAUAGUUUAUGUAGGGUCUCUUCUCAAAUAAAGAAUAAAACAACAAUGUCA